AUGUGCGUUGCUGAGCCUCAGCAACACACAGGCUUGUAUUUAUCGAUGCAAACGCCAGUCGCAAACAGUUCAUCAUUUGUACCAUGUGUAUCUGCGCCACCACAAUUGCAACAAGAACAAGCUCAAGACAAAACAAAAAUUGGCCGUGACUUUUUGGAGGAAUUAAAAUGCCUCUUCCUUCGGGUCCGUGAUCCUCCAAAAAGUGCACUUGAAGAAUUAGUGCGAAAAAUCGUCAAAUGUGAUCUUAAUUCGGCUGAUGGUAUCGAAUGGCUUCGGUUAGCCAAUAGGAAUUUUGGCGAUUUUCGCAACAAAUUUAUUGAUGGGAUAGAAAGAUUAAUCAAUUCCUUUAAGGAAAGAUUGGAAAGUGAUCGUCUGCCGCAAAAGGAGGAAAUAAGUGCGUUCAUUGAUGAUACUGUUGUAAUGAACGUCUUGCAGAGGUGGUUGAAUGCCACAAAGAUAGAUGAGUUACGCUCAAAAAACUCUCUAAACAUUUUGCGCCAGUUUAUUCGGAAGGCAUUUGUUGUCAAUUAUGUAUCCAGAGAUACUGACGCUACCAAAGCCCUAGAUAUAUUAACGCAAAAAAUUGCCGUACCAUCACGAAAUGGCAAUAAUUUCGCGAGCAACUUGAAAAUUUAA